AUGUCAGGCCGGCCGCUAUACACUCGGACUCGCAAACCUGGUCGAAGGUCUUGCCUUGAUUGUCAUAGCCGUAAGGUCCGCUGCGACCGAGAAAUACCGUGCAGGAACUGCUCCAGACACGGCUUUUCCUGUAUAUAUCCGACUAGAGACAACGACAAGCGACAGGAGCUCACACUCCAGCGCGUCUCUGACCGCUUGGAACGAUUGGAGACACUUGUGUCUCGUUUUCCAGAGGAUCGAACAGCGGAAGCAGUGCGCAAUGACCCUGAAGCCCAAGUUGAGUCAGGUGGAAAUCUGGCUUCAAACCCUCAUCGAUCACGUUCAUGGGAGGUACUAUUGGGUGAUGGGCAGAGUGCCCAGUAUGUGAACAAUUCGAAUAUCAAAGACCUUCUCGAAAAUGGGGGUCGAACAAAUUUACCCCGAUACCCCGAGUCUAUAAUGAAUCCUUUGUACCUGCAACAAACUGCAGGUGUUCAUUGCUCUAUCCCAUUUUCCAGUCUCCCUUCAGACACCGCUGCCGGCCUCUUACGAUUCUAUCCUGACCCACAUCUAGCACUCCAGCUAUGGUCAGUAUAUGUCAGGGCAGUUGAUCCGGUAGUAAAAAUUUUGCACAUACCGACCACUCAAUCUGCCGUUAUAGCGACGAUUCUAGCUCCAAGUUCAUCAGGAGCACCAAUGGUUGCGUUGACAUUUGCGAUAUAUUUUGCUGCGGUCACCGCUUUGGGCCACUUCGAGGAGCCCAUAGAACUGCCUUCAGAGAGGCCAGCACUUUUAAGUGGUUACAAAACUGCUUUGGAUCAACUCCUUGUGGUGACGGACCUCAUGCGUCGGCCCGAUAUCACGUCACUACAGGCUCUCGCAAUCUAUGUGACCUGUUUACGAGUCCACGAAGCUAGUCGUAGCGUUUGGGUUCUUAACGGGCUGGCGAUCCGGUUAGCUCAGUCUAUGGGCCUACACCGAGAUGGCUUUCUUCUACAUCUGGGGCCAUUUGAUACAGAAUUGCGUCUUCGUCUCUGGUGGCAUCUCUGCGUGCUUGAUUCUCGUGCCCCAGAGGACCAUGGCUUCGAGCUCACCGUCGAUGUCCUCAAUCGGGGCCUAAGACUACCCUUGAACAUUGAUGACGACCAGAUAUAUCCGAAUAUGGUACAACUUCCAAAGGAAUCCCAGCGUUGGACAGAAAUGUCUUUCUUCUUAGUCCAAAUUGAAUCAUGUAGGUUAUUGCAUCCCGUUCUUGGGACUUGGGAGCAAUGUUCCACGGCCCCUCUCCGAGAACUUGCAACUAAAAGACGGUUGAUACGCGGACGAACUCAACACGUUUUAAAUAAAUUUGACAUUGCCGUCGAGUCUUCGCCUCCUCUAGCUCGCAUCGCAAUGCAACAUUUCUCAACUGCACGCAUGAAAAUGGAGUUUAUCCUUCAACUGCGAGAAGAAAUCGAAGAGCAAGCACACCAACAAGCGGAUACGCCCAAGUCGUCUUUCAAGUUGGCAUGUGAUGGGCUGGACAGCAGUUAUCAGUUACUGAAAGGAUCUGUCUCUGCACAAUACAAAUGGAUUUUCAAGACGUACACCCCGUGGUAUGCCCUCGCUUAUGUGCUACGCUGCCUUUCAAACAAACCCUGGGGUCCGGGGGCUGAACAGGCCUGGGCUUUAGUUGAUGAAGUGUUCCCCGACGAUUUCGGACUUGAUUAUCCCGCUCAGGGUAGAUUAAGUGGACCGGGAAGGGAUAGUAUUUGGGGAUGUCUUUCCUUGCUCCGACGCCAAGCCAUGUCAUUGCGAGAUGGUCGAUCGUCAAACGACGAUUCUGCUCGACUCUCGCACGAGUCUAACGACCCCCAUAUCUCACAUCCAACCGAGUUCAUUACGGGCACGGAGAAUCCACCAAUACAAAGAGCAUCAUACCGAGAAUUUUCAGACUCUGAGACGGCCGAGUAUGGACCGUUCGCUGACUCAGGCCAAAACAUACAUUUUCCUUUGGGGUUCCCAAUACCAGAAAUGUCGUUCCUGCCGGAGUGGAAUGCUGUUAUUAACGGUUCUCUGAACAUCUGUCAUGACUCCUAA